AUGUCAAGCACGCAAAAGAUUAACAAUGGAACUUAUCCAGUAAGAACGAUAUUGAUAAUUGGUAGAACUGGUAGUGGAAAGUCAACUUUGGCCAAUGUGAUUACCGGUAGCGAUAGUUUUGAAGAGAGUGCAAGGUCCGUAAGCGUAACCAGGAAUUAUCAAAUUGAAGAUUAUUUAAUUGAUGGAAUAUUGUAUAGGGUUGUUGAUACUGUAGGAAUUGGAGAUACAAGGUCGACAGAGUUGGAGGUUUUAUUUCAAUUAGUGGAGGCAGCCCAUUGUAUUAAAUACGGGUUCAACCAACUUUUAUUUGUUACUAACGGACGCUUCACAGAAACAGAAAUCAAGGCGUAUGAUUUAAUGAGAGCAGUUGUUUUUAAUGAAGAAAUUAUUAAAUAUACUACAAUUGUAAGAACAAAUUUUCCUGAAUUUGAAGAACCUGUCAAAUGUCACGAAGACUGUGAUAAAAUGAUCAAAGAGAAUGGAAAACUUUCAAAAAUAAUCCAAGCAUGUAACAGGAUCAUUCAUGUGGAUAAUCCUCCAUUAAUUGGUAUUUCUAAAGUAACAAAUGAAGAAAUCCGAAAAGAAUCACGAACAACAAUAUUAGAGCAUCUAAAUAGUUGCAACGAAAUUUAUCUACCAAAAGAUACAAAAGAUUUGAAUCAAAGCAUUGAUAAUUAUAUAGCUGAUGAAGAAAGUUUUCAAAAACAAAUCGAUGAUCUCAAUGAAAGGCUGCAAGAACUGCUAGUAUAA